AUGUCGUUAUUGUCGCAAGAAAUAAUUGAUCGAAGUAUCGGUAUGGCAUUUGGCACAGCUGUGGGAGAUGCCAUGGGUAUCCCAUUCGAAAAUCUUAAUCCAGAACAAAUUGUUGAGAUACAAAUGUUAUCGAAAAAAGACGAAACUUUAUUUGUUAAUACGGCUGGUCGAAAUCCCUACAUUCCAAAAGAAUGGGCGACAGGUCGUUGGGGUGAUGCGACGCAACUGUCUCUCGCGAUUAUGCACGCUAUUGCUAAAUACCUCAAUAAUACCGGUAAACCAAACUUAUCGCUAAUCGAUAGUAUUGUUGAUGAACAUGUCAAAGAAUGGUGGGAAUGUAGAGAUGGUUGGGGGAAUGGAACACGAAGUGCAAUUGAAAGAAUAGCGGGUGGAAUGUACUCAUAUAAAACGAGUGGUGGAUCAUCAACUGGUAAUGGCGUUAUUAUGAAAUUGACACCGAUUGCUUUCUUUUUUCAUGUUUGUAAACAUGACGUGGAUAAUGAAUUGGUUGAAGCGAUCUGUCAAAUGACGCAUAUGAACUCGGUUACAAUUACAACCGCAUUUAUUUACAUUUACCUAUGUAUGUUUAUUUUUGAGUAUGGUUUACCAUCGUCGCGCGAAGAGAAGGAAGUUUUCCUUCAACACAUUCUGCAAUUGAGUCUCAAAUAUGAGAAUACAUACAAUCUGACAAUUCCAAAAGAAUUGUUGAGUAUUCGAAUUCAUCGUUAUUUAGAAAAUAUUGAUGAUAUUAAUGAUCGAAUACUACUUGAUGUUAGUCAUGGUGGAACAUAUUUCUGUGUUGACACCUUGUCAAUGGUGAUUGGUUUGUUAGUAACGAAACCUGUGUCAUUCGCAACAAUGGAAAAAGCUAUAGGAAUGGGCGGAGAUACGAAUAUUGUCGCUGCUAUGAUUGGAGCACUUCUAGGUGCGGCACAAGGACAAAAAACAAUCGAUCCUCGACAUUGUGAAGUAGUUUAUCGUACUGAUUAUGUUCGAAGAAUUGGCGAAGAAUUCGGACAAACUUUGACUCAAUAUCUUAAUCUUCCAGCAGAUAGUAACAGUCAAGUCGAGAAUUUUAAUUGA